UUGGAGUCAAGUCACCUGAAUGAAGAAAUGGACUGCAUUAGCUUUUCCAAAGCCAGACAGAGAGGAAGAGUAAAAAGUGAAAGAGAAGUAGAGAAAGAAAACAAGCUCCGGGUACUAAGUCCACGCGGUGACUGUCAACGUUUGAUACCAACGCUUCAUUUCUUCCUCCGCCGCUUUGACGGCUUUUCUUGGACUUAAAAACACCUUGAAAAAGCAUCCCUUGUGAUUAAAAAGACAGGUGGGUGUAGACGGUUGUGGUGUCAGUUUGGUCUCCCAGUUUGGAGGCAGGCUGUCCCGGGACAGACACACACAUCUGCAUUAACAGAGACUAUCACAUCGACACAGAGACUUGCCCCCGUGAGAGGAAGGACUGAGCGUGUCACCAUGCCUGUGCGACAGAAAGAUGCUCAGCGAGCCCUGGAGCUUCUACAGCAGUACCGGACUAAACUUGACCAGAGACAGCAGAACCAGAACCGGAGCAAACAGGGCGGCGUGGAGGAGGACUCGCAGCUGCAGCAGUCUCUGGACAGAGUCAUCAAUGUCUUCCAAAGUCAGCUCUUCAGUGCUCUGCUUGACAUCCAGGAGUACUACGAGUUGACCAUCCUCGCUGACAGUGACAGUUCUGUGGACCAGACAGCCGGUCCCUGGAGCCUCCCGGACUCCUAUAGCCCCCCAGCAGAGCCUUCUCCCCAGCCACAGCCCCCCUUGGUUACCCUGAGCCCCCCAGCUAGUGAAGGAUCAUCCCCACUAAAACCUCUGUCCCCCAAGCCCAGGUCGAUCAAGUCCCAUGCUGCUCCACUACCAUCCGGGACACCCACAUCAAAGCCAUCUUCCCCUACAACACAGCCUGUUUCACCGGAGUCACAACCAGCCAAGCUCAAGUAUCGUGCUCCUUUCCCUCCUGUCCAACCAGGAGUCUCCAAAUCAUUGGCGUCUGAUUCUCUGCCCUCUUCUCCUUCUGCUGCCACAUCCCCCGGAGCCCCAGUGAAUGGUGUAGAAACCCCCAAAUGCCCAAUAAAAAACCCUCCUAGAUCAGCACUGAAUGGAACAAAGCCUCAACUCACUGCCACCAACUCUUAUGUUUCGGUGGCAAGUUCUACCUCCUCCACAAUUCCACAGAGUGAUUCCACCUCUCCGGACCCCAACCUGAGGACUGUCUCGGCCCUCGUCUCCAGCACCAUCGAGAGCUUUGUGUUUCCAAUUUCUCCGGACAAACUCACCCCAAAAAGCGGCAGUCCUGUCACCAGCCCGGGUCCCAUCAGAGUCACAGACGCUGUCGUAGUCUCCACAUCACCUUUGACCACCAAGGACUUAGGCUUUGGCAAGGUCACUCCCAGCACGAGUCCAAGCAGCCUCAACCAGGGAAAGUUCAGCUUCAGCAGCCGCAGUCCCAGAAGUCCUACAGACUAAAGGGCUAUCUGUUUCCAGUCCAACUAGCCCCGGGCCAGUUAAAGUCAGCUCCACCAGCCCGAGCCACGGUCCAGCCAGCCCCCGGCCAGCAACCAGCCCACUGAUCCCCAACAAGAAGUAUCGGUGUCAAGAAGAAGAAGGGGCAUCACCAGGUGCCCCAAAACUCCACCAUCACCCCUGCGUUCUGCAUCAUAUGGGAGUAGCCAGCGAACUGAGGGAUGGAGGCACCCUUGGGAGGGAUGGAGGCACCCUUGGGAGGAACGGAGGCACCCUUGGGAGGGACGGAGGGACACUUGGGAGGGACGGAGGGACCCUAGGAAG